CCACAUUUUUUGAACGUUCAUUGAACCCUGAGUGACACCCGCCCGUUGCGCAUGCUAUUGUACAAGCUUGCACCGAACGACCACGAUCGGUUAUGACGACACUUGACGAGCUACGAGACCAAGGUGUCACUUCCUUUGCGAUAUACGAGGAUCAAGAAUACAGAGAACCACUGUCGCCUGGCGCUAUGUUUGAGGGCGAUACCUCAUUCAACUCUGACCUUGCCAUGUCAAUGAAUGGCGAAGACACAUCUAACAUUGAGGUUGAGCGAGAUGAGCAUGAGUUUGGUGAUGAGCUACUGCAACCCUACCAAAGUUCAUACACAUCUCGAAAAGGGCAUUCGCGGCGUCAAUCUGCUACAACACACUAUAGCUUCAUAUCCGCCAUGCCAUCUGAGACUGGUUCCACCUCGUCCAAACCUGCUUCCGCCGGCAACUCAGCCAUCGACACACGAUACACUCCACGAAAGGAGCGACCGCGAUUUCGAAACCCUGAGUCGGUACGAGCGAUGCAGAUGUCUUCUCCGCUACCAAUGCCGACAUACGAGAGCAACCGCGAGAGGAUGAAGAGCGCAUAUGGCCUCGCGACACCAAGCAGAACUGGAAGGUCAGAGACACCAGUGUCGAGACACUCCGGUUCACGCAGAGGAAGCGUAAGGAGCCAUCACAGCCCUAAGCCUCCACCAACACCACAGCAAGCGCCUCUUGUCUUGCUCCACGUUACAAUACUGCCUAUGCAGCUACCGUUCUCGCACGACCUCAUGGCUAGGAUUAUGCCGGAAUGGCUGGUGGAGAAUUACAGAUUACUGGAGGAGAAGCUACAGGACAUCAUCCUGAUGCGUCGAGGCCUGCUCAUUCCUCAUCCCAGAGACGAGUAUGAGCUGCUCGAAGAACGCAUUCUGGAAAGCCUGGAGCUGAAGACACCGCGGCUGCUUAAGUGCGGUCACUUCGUAGCACCGGAUGACAAUGCAGAUAAGGAUGAGGAUGAUGACUCUGCAAUUGGUGCCGAGGACGGUGCCAGCCGCAUGAGUGGAAACACCAUGACUGACGAUCACGAGGGCAUGCACACAAGGAGAGACUCGGCCAUGUGCCUCGACUGCCAUCGCGAGUUGAAGAAGCCAGGUCAGGGCGUCGGUGCUGGUACACGUCGCUUCGACAUUAGGAUCUACGCAGCCAACGGCCUGAUGCGCUCCGAAGCAUGGACGGCGGCAUGGACCGAGAUGGAGCGUUGCGACGUCGAGAUCACACCCUGGAUCCCAGAAGACGUCCGCAAGACUCUUGAGAAGAGGGUUCUCAAGGAGCAAGAAGCGGACAAGCGCAAGGCAGCAUACAAUGCCGAGCUUCAACGCAGGAUCCAGGAGGAUGCCGUUCGGCAGCAGAAGCUGGCAGCUGAGGCCGUUUCGAAGAAGAGGCAAGAGGAAGAGGAACUCCAAAGGAGCUUCGAAGCUGCUGCCGCUGCUCUGCAGAAGAGCAUCGAAGAGAAAGCUACAGACAAGGCUAGAUUUGAAGCGACCUUGGAGGAGAAGAUCGAGGAAGCCAAAGAAGCAAUACGCUUCGAGCUUGAAUCACAAGCGAUGAUGGAGUCAAACUCUGUCGCUGAACGCUUCCGCGCGAUGGAAGAAGCGUUGAGGCAAUACGCCGUCUCCCGUGGUCGCCGCGGAUACACCUCGAGCCGACCUCACGCAGCUCAACUGCCACUCAGCGCCCUGCUCAAGAAUUACCUCAUGGUCCAGUUAGCAGACCCAAAGAACUGGGCGAUCCUGCUGCUGACCGCCGCUGUGGGCUUCAUGUCAAUGAACAUGACCACCCAGCUGCCUUCCAAACCUUUGAUCAGCGAUGUAUCCUCAGUCGAUGUGGUCUCGGCGUCCGCGGUGACCGCAACGACAACCGCGUUUUCGACCCUCACCGUCACCGAGAUCCAGAUGUCGAGCAGCGUCUACCCGACAGCCUCGUACUCGUCUUCAGCGUAUGCAAGUGCAUCUUCCUCCGUCACUGCGUCCGUUUUCCCCACCAUUCUGCCCACCGAGCUCGAGGUUCUCGCAGACCCCAACGAAGCACACGUCUUUGAGUCCUCCUCCACCGUCAAUGACGAGCCGCUUCGCCGUGCUUCUGAGUCCUCCGAGGAGGACCCAGAGGAGACCGUCGUCGCAGAUCCAGUUGUUGAGGAUCUCACAGAGCCUGCAAACAUCGACUCGAGUCUGUUCCAGCACACAUCUGAGCUGCUCGAAGCGGCUUCCGAAGAGGCAGUCGUCAUGGAGGAUCCUGUGACACCGCAGGCUGAGGAUUCUGCCUCUGAGACAGAGAGUGUAGCAAAUGCGGAGACUGAUAGCGUUGCUGUCGAGUCUGAUGAGGAGAUGGAGGUCUGCCCUGUUGAGAGCGCUUUGUAUACAGCGGAUGAAACUUGCUCUGUCAACGAGCAGUAGGCUUCUUCACUUCUUUCAUUGUAUUGAAGGAGAGAACGGACACGACAUUUUACGAUUUGACUACGGCCUGAAUACGAAGGAAUGAUAGCACCGCAUUGCUGCAUUUGAGCGCACUUGAGCGAGCAUCUUGACAGCGAAGCGAAACAUGGAUCUGGUUCUGUUAUAUAGUUGCAUUUGCGAAUACCUUUUCGUUAUAUUUCGUUGGCUCUAG